AUGCUGCGAGCUUCUGCUGGCUCUGCGAGGGUGGGCAAGCGGAGAGGCAACGUCGGGAAUGAAGGCCUCGGGAAGAAGGCAAAGGCAAAGGUGGUGAAGCAAGAAGAUGCAGGAGCCGCCGAAGGUGCCGAGGAAGCCUCGCCAUCCGCGGGCGGAAAGAAGAGGAAGCUCGACGACUCCGAGCUCAAGGAGAGAGAGAAGCGGACCAUGUUUGUCGGCAACGUCCCCGUGGCGUGGACGGAGAAACGUCUUCGUGGAUUCCUUCGUGUGGCCUGUGGCACAACCUACGAAGGCCAACUCAAGCCCAUCUGGUUCCGGUCGCUGCCCCUGGAGAGCCGAUGGAACACCUCCAAGGAGCUGCGCAAGGCUGGACGCAUCAAGCAGGCGUACAUGGAGGGCGCGGAGGCGGCCAAGAAUGCCUACGUGGUGCUGCGAGGCCCUGAGGACGUUCCUACGGUCGUCAAGCUGGUGAACAACCUGCAGGCCGACACGGGCCACAUCCUCAGGGCAGAUGGGGUGGGGGAGUCGGCUGUGCUCAAGAAGUUCGACAGGAAGCGGAGCGUGUUCCUUGGCAGCCUACCACGACGCGUCACCGAAGAUGACAUCCGCUGGGUUCUGUGGCCUGCGGGGCAGGUGGACGCAGUCCGAAUAGUGAGGAACAAGAUCACGCAGGAGUGUCAGGGCUUUGCCUUCGCGCGCUUCCAGGAGCGCUGGAGCGUGAAGGAAGCCCUGAAGCUGUGGCCCAAGAUCCACGGCAAGGAGAUCCGAAUCACAAAGGUCGAGGAUUCCAGUGCGGAAGACAAGCCCGGCAAAGACCAGGCCCGGCCAGAGGACCACCCGGCAGCGAAGCGAAUAGUGUUGAAGCAGCAGCGGCGAGAGCGGCAGAAGGCGAAGAAGAAGAAGGAGUGGCUGGCAAACGCAAAGACGUCGGGGCUGAGGCCUGGGAAGUCCAAAAAGGUCAAGAAGAAGUUGAAGCAGUCCAACCGCAAGAAGGCCGGACGGUGA